AUGGUUUCCCGCAGUCAACGCGCGAUCCCUUCUCCCGAUAGUAAAGCUGUCCAAAUAGCCCUAUAUUGUAUGCCGGAUGAUUGGGAGCUCUGGGAACUGCGGCACAAGAGUAAAAACGGAGAUUUGGAGGAGAAAUUGGGCAAGUUGAUCGACUUGGUUGAUUAUGCCGAAGGUGGGGAAUGGGUGGAAAUGCUCGAGUGCCACAGGUGCCCAAAGAGCUACCUGAAAACACAUUUUCCUCUGAUCUCCUCUGGAGUCAGAGACACCCCAGUCGUAGACUGCGCCGAAAUAAGCAUCCCCCCGGGAUCCGGACCGGUGGUAUGGGACCUGGAGGAAACAUUGACACGGAAAAUCCUCAACGUGCAAGAGUUUGACGAUUUGGAACAUGUGGGCCCGGAUUCGGUCGAUAUUGACUUGAAAGCAGCUUUGGAUACAGCUCUUGGAGCAGCUUUGGAAUGA